AUGCCUCUCUUCCUCUUGCUGCUCCUGCUGCCAAGCCCUUCGCACUCCCACCCCAUCUGUGGCAUCAGCAAAGUGGCCAGCGAGGUGGAAAUGAACUGUGAAAAUAAGGGGCUGAAGGCGCCGCCUCCAGAUCUGCAAGCAGAAACCAACAUCCUCCGCCUGGGUGGGAACCCCCUGGGCACCUUCUCCACGGUGUCCAUGGUGAGUCUGACUCACCUCACUCAGCUGCACCUGGAGAAGAGCCAGCUGACCAGCCUGCAGACUGACGCGACACUGCCCCGGCUGGAGACCCUGAUUAUAUCCCACAAUACACUGAGAAGCCUGCCCUUGUUGGGACGGGCGCUGCCAGCACUCUAUACCCUGGACGUCUCCUUCAACGAGCUGGCCUCAUUGUCUCCUGAUGCCCUGGAUGGCCUGAGCCACCUCCAUGAGCUCUACUUGCGUGGCAACAAGCUGAAGACUCUGCCCCCCGGGCUCCUGCAGCCCACGCCCAAGCUGAAGAAGCUCAACCUGGCUGAAAACGGGUUGAGUGAGCUGCCCCCUGGGUUCCUGGAUGGGUUGGAGGAACUUGACACCCUCUACCUCCAGCGGAACUUGCUGCGCACGAUACCAAAGGGCUUCUUUGGGGACCUCCUCCUGCCUUUUGCUUUUUUCCACGACAACACCUGGUUCUGUGACUGCGGGAUCCUCUAUUUCAGCCACUGGCUGCAGGACAAUGCCAACAACGUGUACAUAUGGAAGGAGGGUGUGGACGCCAAGGCCAUGACCCCCAACGUGACGAGCGUGGGGUGUGUCAAUUUGCCCAACACGUUUGUCUACACCUACUCAGGGGAGGGCUGCCACACCCCUGGCGACAGGGACAGCAUAGACUACGAUGUCUACGAAGAGGAUGACAAGGUGCCUACCACAAGGGCUGCGGGCAGCUUCUCUACCCACACCAGUGCCCACACCACCCACUGGGGCCUGCUUUACUCACUGCCGACUGCUCCGCUAGGCCCCCAAGUGUCCUCCUUGCCUCCAACUAAGGAACAGACCACGUUCCGAAUUUCUACAGGACCCAUCACAUUCUCCAAAACUCUAAAACCCACCCCAGAGCCCACAAGCCCGAGCACCCCAGAGCCCACAAGCCCGAGCACCCCAGAGCCCAGAGCCCCGAGCACCCCAGAGCCCAGAGCCCCGAGCACCCCAGAGCCCAGAGCCCCGAGCACCCCAGAGCCCACAGCCCCGAGCACCCCAGAGCCCACAGCCCCGAGCACCCCAGAGCCCACAGCCCUGAGCACCCCAGAGCCCACAAGCAAGACCUCAGAACCCACCGUAUCCUUAACCUCCACUGAACCCACUUCACUUCCCACUAUCUUAGAAUCCACCACAGCCACCAUCUCUGAAUUUGUCAACCUCCUGAAGGCCCAGGGGGUGGCUCAGUGGAAUGUGGAGAGUUCCAGAAACGACCCUUUUCUCAACUCUGACUUUUGCUGCCUCUUCCUGGGCUUCUAUAUCUUGGGUCUCCUCUGGCUCCUGUUUGCCUCUGUGGUCCUCAUCCUGCUGCUGUUCUGGGUCCAGCACGUGAAACCACAGGCCCUGGCCACAGUCACACACACCUCGCAUCUAGAGCUGCAGAGGGGAAGGCAAGUGACAGUGGCCCGGGCCUGGCUGCUUUUCCUCCAAGGCUCGCUCCCCACUUUCCGCUCUAGCCUCUUCCUGUGGGUGCGGCCUAAUGGCCGUGUGGGGCCUCUGCUGGCAGGACGGCGGCCCUCAGCCCUGAGCAUGGGUCGUGGUCAGGACCUGCUGGGGACAGUGGCUGUUAGGUACUCUGGCCACAGCCUCUGA